GAAGGAGGGGACUGAGUUGAUACAACAACAAUACCAGACGGUGCAGCUACAGUACAGGCUUGCACUGAGUGAGGAGAGACUGAGGGAGAUGAAUGACCAGCAUUCUAUGCUGCAGAUGAAGAUUGCCAACACUAUACGCGAUCACCGGCUUUCCCGUUUUCAGACGCGAGAAACAGAGCUGACAUGGGAGAUUCAAGACCUUACCGAGGAAGCCGACGAGGAACGGAAGAAUGCCUCAGAGCGACUUGAAGAGGCGCUCGAGGAACUGGAAAGUGUCAAGACCGAUUUGGGGAAGAAGCUGGCCAAGGUGGAGCGAUUGAAGUCAGCCGGAGAGGGUGAGGUAGAGGAGGCAAGGAAGGCUGCGCAAGAUGUUCAGACACACGUAGACCACCUGCAAGUCAAGCACUCCGCACUCGAAGCCCAGCACCGCAAGACCUCCCUCUCACUCCAACGCGUCCAGCUGGAGCUGGACACGCUCAAAGCCCAAGAAAAGGAGCUCAAAUCCCGUAUGUCGGACUGGCAGACUCUGGAGAAGAAGAGCGACAAGGAGCUCGAUAAGCUUGGAGAGGCGAAGGCUGCUCUGGAGGUGAGAGUCCGGGAACUGGAGCGGGACGUGGCGGAGGGGAAGCUGAGGGAGAAAGGGAUGGAGAAGGAGAGGAAGAGGCUGGAGAGCAUGGAGAGGAAAGUCGAGAGGCUCGAGGAACUCCUCGCCAAAGCCCAAGACCAAACUUCCGAAGCGCAAGAAGAAGCCCACAAAGCCCAAACCGAGCUGGGCAAAGUACAGAAACAACUUGGCCGAGUCCAGGCUCAAACGACGAGGGAUACCUCCGUCCUUCCGGGAGGGAGUCACAAGCCUGCAAGCUCUACAACUACUGUUGAAGAGCCAGAGCCGAGAGCAGCGCCGAAACCCCGACCAAAGCCCCGCAAACUGCCACCCCGAUCUCCCCCUGGCUCUGAUGCUGAAUCUGACCAAGAAGCGAGUGACUACUACGACAACCUCCCCGGGCGAGGGAAACGGAAGCCCGCUUCUACCGCGGGCCAGAAGCGGAAAGCCGCCGAGAAGGAGAAGCCUAAACCGCGGGAGAAACCCAUACAGGAAGAGGACGAGAAAGAGAACGACGGUCCGGCCAUAUCCGGAUCGACCUUUCCUACCUCUUUUGCUGCACCUCCAGCACAGGCGAAGCCCGCUCGGGAAGAAGAAGACCAAGGAAAGAAGAAGAAGCGCAAGUUGUUUGGAGCUCCUGGCGCGGCGCCGUUCCAGUGGGCUGCGGGGCUGAACACGGGCGACGGGGUGGAUAGUAUCAUACCUAGUAUCUUGAGUCCUAUUAAGGGCGGUGGGCCGGCGCCUCAACGAGCGGGGGUGAGGGCGCUGGGCUUGACGAGCGGUAGGAGUAUUUUCUGAUUGGGCUGGAGCCGCAGGUUUGGUAGGUGGUAGGGCAGGGAGGCUUAUUUUGUUUAUAGGAUUAGGAUUAUACUCGAUUGUAAUACAUACACAGCCUAUGUUGUUGCAAUUGAUAUUAGGAUAUCUG